AUUUUAUUCACAGAUAUAUAAAGCAAGCUUUGAAAAACAAAUUAUAGUUUUUAUUGAUAUUAUAAGCCCGGAUAUAUAAUAAAUUUACAAUACAUUUGAACAAUGGCUGAUGGAUUGAAUUUUACGAUGGGUGCUUUUCCUCCGAGUGCCAUAGAGUACUCAAGUACUGAGGCUGAACCAUCGCAUUCAUCGGAUGUCCCCAUACCAAGUGUCUUGAUGUCGGGCAUUAUGAUCUUUGGUCAAAUGAUGUGGUGUAGAUUGAGCUCCAAAUGGGGAACUGUGAAAGGAAGAUCUGAAGCAGAAAUCGGGAAACAUUCUGAAAAAUAAGACUUCUCGCGCUAG